UAUAUGAGCUUUGUAAAGGUGCUGUCGAUGGUUAGAUAUGUGGGUAUAUAAAGAAGUCUUAAGAACUUGGUAGUGAGUUAGUGUAUAAAGACGGCAACGCCAAGUGACCGAAGAUCUUUUAGCAGACAACAGUUACACGGAGCGCACGCAAAAAAAUUCUAACGGGACAAAAACAUAAAAUUUGUUGAAAAGAGGAAAAGAAAAAUGAUUUUAAAAUUUUUGAUACUUACAACAUUGCUGAGUGCCGGUAUACAGGCUAUACCUAACGUGGAGAAGCCUUUACGCCCGUCAAUAUUUCAAGAACAAGUAGCUGCUUGGGCCACACACCAAGUGCCAUUUAAUACCGUGUAUGGAGUUGUGGCAGGGUCACCAGUUGACCAACAGCAAGUUGGCGUAGUGGCACAAUCCAAUAAAGAACAAAAAACAGCAAUUAAUACCCAAUCAGCUGUAGUUGGCAAUGAUGGCGUGCAAUCAACUCAUUUUCCAGCUGCCUCAGAACCCACAUCAGUUCACCCCAUCCAAGAAAAUGACAUAAAAAUGGAAGAUUACAAUGCUUACCACGAUUAUUUAUCCUACUAUGAGGAUCAAGUCACUGCUUUUCCACUACACGAUGACGAGGACUCCAUUGAGGAACAGGAGGUAUGGCCUCCUGUUGGUAUUUUUCCACCACCUCCACCACUGCCAAUAAGACCAACAUAUUAUCCAUCAUAUUAUCCAACAACCAAACCAUCAACUCGCCCCACAACUGUACGUCCACGCCCACCACAGUAUCCUACACUAUAUCCACAGUAUCCCACACCACGUCCGAAACCACCACAUUAUCCACAAUACCCGAUAAGUCAGUUGCCACAGCUGCCACAUUAUCCACGACCCACUACCGCACGGCCCACUACGACCCAACGCCCCACUACCCAACGUCCGUCAUCCACAACCACGCCAAGUUACCAGAAACCCGGUGGUGGUGGUGACGAUGUUAUCGUGUUGGAGAAUUACCAAAUCCUUUCCGAUAAGGGUAUUAACGAAUACAAAUUGCGUCUGAGCAACGGCUUGUCCGAUUACAAGAAGAUAACGAAGAAGUAUAUUGGUAAGGACACAAUUUAUGUGCAGUCCGGUUACUACUCGGUGCCGGUCGAUCCGAAGAAAAAUAAAUUCAACAUAAUUCAUUACAUUGCCGACGAGGAGGGCUACCGCAUUGUUGGAGUACAACCUUGUUCAAGCGUGUAUCAGUGUAAAGCUUUGGAGGAGUGAAUUUGUGAAAAAAAACAGUAUUUCAUUUCGAACCGAUUUUGUCAGAAAUUAUACGUAAAUCUAUAUAUCUGUCGAUAUAUUAAAUAAUUAAAAUUAUUUAAAAACCA